AUGUCUAAAAGAGGGGCGGGAGGGCGGGGCAAGGGGGAGCGCGCCGACGCCAUGGCAACCCUCCAAGCAGCAAAUGAGGAGCUGAGAGCAAAACUGACAGACAUCCAAAUAGAACUACAACAAGAGAAAAACAAGGUCAGUCGUCUAGAGCGAGAGAAGACCCAGGAGUUGAAAGCUGAACACCACAGAGCCACUGUGGCCUUGACAGAGCUGAAAACCAAACUCCAUGAAGAGAAACAAAAGGAAUUGGCAGUCACUCGGGAGACAUUAUUACGACAACAUGAGAUGGAACUGAUGAGAGUCAUCAAAAUUAAAGAUGGAGAAAUCCAACGACUCAACGGAUUGGUGCUAACUCUGAGGGAUGGAUCCACUGACAAGGUAAGGUGUGCGUUGCUGGCUGAGGCACGGGAGGAGGCACGGAGGGGGUGGGAGUUUGAGCGCUGUCGCCUCCAACAGGAGAUCAUUGAGCUGAGAGGAGCCAAGAGGAGCAUGGAGGAAGCUUUGGCAUCUGCUCAGCAGGCCUGCCAGGCCAGAGCAGCUGAGGUUAGAACAGCUCAUCAUCAACACCAGGAAGAACUGGUCAGGAUCAAGAGAGACUGUGAGAGAGAGAUCCGUAGACUGAUGGAUGAGAUAAAACUUAAGGACAGAGCUGUCAGUGUAUUGGACAAAGCCCUGGGGCUCCAGGCUGGCCACGCCCACCGUCUCCAGUUGCAGACUCAGGCUGCAGAGCAGCAAAUUGCAGCCCUAAGAGAUGCACAGCGAGGGGCGGGACUUAACCAUCUUAGCCACACCCUUAACUUCACCCCUAACCCAGCCUCCCACACUAACAAUGAAGAAAAUUUAGGACAGCAGAGAGAUGACAGGGAUACUCGAAGGUUUCCGUUGAAAAUAGCUGAGCUCAGCGCUGUGGUGAGAAAACUGGAGGAUCGCAACGCGCUGCUGUCUGAGGAACGUAACGAACUGUUGAAGAGACUUCGAGAGGCAGAGAGCCAAUUCUUUCCACUUCUUGACAAGAACAAACGUCUGAGCAGAAAGAAUGAGGAGUUGGCCCUCUCUCUGCGUCGCCUUGACAACAAACUGCGCUUUGUCACCCAGGAGAACCUGGAGAUGAGAGAGCGACACAGUGGAAGUGUUAGGAGACCCAGCUCCCUUAAUGAUCUGGAUCACAGUCAGGAGGAGAGAGAGAUGGAGUUUCUACGUCUUCAGGUUCUUGAACAACAGCACAUCAUAGACGAUCUAUCCAAGGCUCUGGAGACCGCGGGUUAUGUCAAGACUGUCAUUGAGAGAGAUAUGUUAAUGAGAUACAGACGUCAAGAUUCUGGCAGGAGAAAGAGAGGCUUUAGAGCCUGCAGGGUUGUCGAGACUUAUUACGGCUAUGAUGAGGACUCUGUGGACUCAGAUGGUUCCUCUCUAUCCUUUCACACGGAUCGGACCCCUGACACCGACCCAGAGGAGGGAGUUCUGCGUGAGGACACGGAGCUCCGGUACAGACAGCUUACUCAGGAGUACCAGGCCUUACAGAGGGCCUACGCACUCCUCCAGGAGACAGUGGGAGGAAACUUCGAUGCAGAGAAGGAGAUGAAGACCAGAGAACAGCUGCAGGCUGAGAUAAGUCAGUUUCAAACCAGAACCCACGACCUGGAGUCAGCGCUUAACCAACAAGGACUGGAUGUGAAGUGGGUAGAGGAAAAAUAUGCCUUGUAUCGGAGAAACCAGGAACUGGUGGAAAAGGUGAAGUAUAUGGAAGGAGAGGAGCUGCGACUGAAAAACGACAUCCAGGAUGCGAAAGACCAGAAUGAGCUGUUGGAGUUCAGAAUUUUAGAACUUGAGGAGAGAGAGCGGCGAUCUCCUGCCAUCAACUUUCAACAGCUUCAUUUCCCAGAGGGCCUCAGUCCUCUGCAGCUGUACUGUGAAGCCGAGGGAGUCGCUGAUAUUGUGAUCAGUGAGUUGAUGAAGAAGCUGGAUAUAUUGGGGGAUAACGCCGUAAGUAAUCUGACUAAUGAGGAGCAGGUGGUGGUGAUCCAUGCCAGGACUGUCCUCACUCUGGCAGAGAAGUGGCUGGAGUCUAUUGAAGUUACCAAGUCGGUUCUGCAGCAGAAGAUGUUGGACAUUGAAAGUGAGAAGGACCUGUUCAGUAAACAGAAAGGUUACCUUGAUGAGGAGCUGGACUACAGGAAACAGUCGAUGGACCAAGCUCACAAGAGGAUUUUAGAGCUGGAAGCCAUGCUGUUUGAAGCCCUGCAGCAGGAGGAGGGCUCCAGGAUAGAGGGAUGGAAGACGGAGGGACGUCGUCUGUCUGAGGUCCUGACUGAGGAAGAGCGGGAGGGGCUUAGGAGAGCGAUGGACCAGUGGAAAAGAGCAGUAAUGGGCGAGUUAAGAGAGAGAGAUGCCCAAAUUCUCCGAGAGAGAAUGGACCUUCUGCAUCAUGCACAACAGAGGAACAAAGAAUUGGAAGAAUGGAUAGAAGCACAGAAACGACAGAUCAAGGAGCUAGAAGAGAAGUUUUUAUUUUUAUUUUUAUUCUUUUCCCUAGCUUUCAUCCUCUGGUCAUAAUGGCAGGCUGUGGCCUACAGCCCUCCAGACUUACAGAGGAGGGUCGGUCAGUCUUCUGUCGUCUCGGAGGGGAUAGGGUUCAUAUCCCGACCACCCAGAAGGAGACUCAGAUUGGGUUCAUGUCACGCCUGAAGGAUAAAGGUUCACAUCCUUGCAAGGGACAGAAGGUCAAAGACUCAGAAACUCUCCUCUUGGUGCUCAGCUGGUUGGAGGAUGGAAAACUGUGGGUCGGCACAGACCUUAAGCCACAAAUAAGCAGUUUGUACAAAGUGGUGGUAUGGAGCUUGCACAGCCCUGCUGCACUGCCGCUGCGAAUUGGUGGGCCAAUGAGAAGGGAGCCAGACUGUCAGCUGGCUGAAAACAGCUGAUUCUGACGCUGCAACCAAUUAGCUGCCACAAAGACAGUUUGGAGGAAAAGUCCUGAUCGUUUUGGAAUGACAAAUGACCGAUAGCUCCACAACAUCUCAACAGUGGGUCCAGAUGUACAACGUUAGUCACCUUAAGACAAGCCAGACACCUGGUUGUGCAGGAAAAAGUUUAAACCAAGGCUUCGCUCGCCAGGGGUGUCUGGGUCACCGAUCAACACUCUCUUUCACCAACCAAAUCCAGGGGACAAGUUACAGCUAAGGAAUUAAUAUAGAGAUUACCAAGCCUGGUGGACUCCACACAGUGGGCAGCUAUGCGGGAUGGACCUUUAGAUUUGUUGAGACGUAAGACAGAGGAAUAUUUUGAUCCUAACUGCUCUCUUUCUGACCAGUUCACUUUUUCCCUACAAUCACUCUCCCGAUUGGCUUUUAGAACCGGCCCUUUACCACAAUCUUUCUGGAUCUAGAGCCUUACAGUGACAGUUUAGCCAUGGUUGUUUUUACCGGUAGUCACGCUGACUCCAUAGUCCUGGUUGCCAAGUAACCAGGUCACUCUCUUUCAAGUGAUCGUAAUAAUGUUGUCCAUGUUGCCAUGGCAAUAUUAUGGAGGACAUUGUUCUAUAUUCUCAGCCCACACUUGUAGAACAGGAGCAAAGACAUGGAGACCACGGUGCAACCUGGACAAACCAUCUAUGUGCGGCUCUAAGAAAACUCGGAAGUGCUGAUGAGGUUUUCUUUGGUUUCGUAGCUUUUGCCGUUGUACAGUUAUGGUUUACCAGCAGAGUUGUGUCAGUAAUCUGAACAAACAGAGCUCCAUAAUCUGCAUGUCAGAGGAUCCCAGAGCAGUGGAAUUGAACGUGGCAUCAGAUUGUAACUGUGUUUGGGAGGCCUGGGAUCAGUUUUAGACAACCUUCUCACACCAUAGGUGCAGGAAACCAGACACUGCGGGUUAAACUAAGCUAAACGAAACAUUGUGUUUGAAACACAGGGAAAAAAUCAAGUCCGUAUUCCAACCUCAGAUGUUCCUCACUCCACUAUCAAAGCCUGAUGUACUUUUAAUAUUCAAGAUGCUAUUUUUCUAAAACUGUUCCGUUGUUCUAACUCUGUCAGUGUUUCUUUGGAACGAUGGGAUUUAAAAGAGAUUAAAGUCAGACUGAUUGAU